AUGACGAUUAAUGAAAAUAACAAUCAGGAUGGAAGUAUGGCUGCGCUAGAUCGUUAUGUUGCCCCUGGUUUGCGGCUUUGGAUGCUUAUUGCUUUGGUAUCGGGAAUAUUACUAAUUAUGGUAGUGAUCGUUUGUUGCUUCAUGCGAAUCCGAAUACCACGCACUAAGCGACAAAUUGAUUUAAUUGCUGCAAGGAGGAAAAUGCGAAAAUCAAUUCUAUCUGCUGAACAUUCACCAGACGACAGAGCACAGCCAAUCGUAAUGAAUACAGUUAAACAGUCGACUCAUCAAAAAGCCAUUGCAAUUGACGGGGCUUUACAGUAA